CCUUGCCGUCCAUCUAGUUUCCUGGUGAGGUGUAAACGGGACAUGUCACUGUUCUCAUGAUUUCUAAGAAAAACUAAAUCAGCCACCGCAAUUAAGGGUAUAGUUGAAGGGAAGGCUUUGAAGACAAGAGUACUCUUCCCCGCUAUGGAGGCGGUACCCCGAAUGCCGAUGAUUUGGCUGGAUCUGAAAGAGGCUGGGGAGUUUCAGUUCAGCCCGUCUGUAAGGCAGUUCAUCCUUAAGAACUACGGGGAGAAUCCGGACAACUACAAUGAACAGCUGAAAAAGCUGGAAACACUAAGACAGAGCGCGGUGAAUGUGACACGGGACUUUGAGGGAUGCAGCACAUUGAGGAAGUACUUUGGUCAACUGCACUACCUCCAGAGCCGAGUGCCCUUGGGCCCUGGGCAGGAGGCAGCUGUACCAAUCUCAUGGACAGAGAUUUUCUCUGGAAAGACAGUUACCCACGAUGACAUCAGCUAUGAGCAAGCCUGCAUCCUCUACAACCUUGGUUCUCUCCACUCCAUGUUGGGAGCCAUGGAUAACCGGGUGUCAGAGGAGGGUAUGAAAGUUUCAUGUACACACUUCCAAUGUUCGGCAGGGGCCUUCUCCUACCUGAGGGAUCAUUUCAGCCACAACUUUAGUGUGGACAUGAGUCACCAAAUCCUUAAUCUCAACAUCAACCUCAUGCUGGGUCAGGCCCAAGAAUGUCUUCUAGAAAAGUCCAUGCUGGACAAUAGAAAGAGUUUCCUUGUUGCCCGAAUCAGCGCUCAGGUGGUGGACUAUUAUAAGGAGGCAUGCCGGGCCCUGGAGAACUCAGACACUGCUUCUAUGCUGGGAAAGAUUCAGAAGGACUGGAAAAAACUGGUCCAGAUGAAAAUCUACUACUUUGCUGCUAUCGCCCAUCUACACAUGGGAAAACAGGCAGAGGAGCAACAGAAAUAUGGAGAACGGUUGGCCUACCUGCAAAGCUCAAUGGACAAACUCAGUGAAGCCAUAAAGUUGGCGAAGCAGGGUCAGCCAGACAGUGUGCAGGAGGCAUUGAGAUUCACGAUGGAUGUGAUUGGGGGAAAGUUUAACUCUGCCAAGAAAGACAAUGACUUUAUUUACCACGAGACUGUCCCAUCUUUAGAGACACUGGCUUCAGUUAAAGGUGCCCCACUGGUGAAGGCACUGCCCGUCAACCCCACUGAUCCCAGUGUCACUGGCCCUGACCUGUUUGCCAAACUGGUGCCCAUGGCAGCCCACGAGGCCUCUUCCCUCUAUAGUGAAGAGAAGGCUAAGCUGCUUCGGGACAUCAUGGCCAAGGUAGACGGCAAAAACGAGACACUAGAGCAGUUCAUGGACUCUUUGGGUCUUGAGCCAGAAUCCGUGGACAACCUGGACAUGUAUAGUCACAUCCCUCCUGUUCUCAUGGAGAAGUGUGCGGCUCUCAGUGUCCGACCUGACACCGUCAAAAGCCUUAUCGGGUCCAUGCAGGUCCUGUCAGGGGUGUUCACUGAUGUAGAGGUGUCCUUGAGAGAGAUCAGAGACGUGUUGGAGGAGGAUGAGGCUGGGGUCCGCGCUCUACACGAGGCCGGGGGGCCCACUGCCACACUGGACCCCCCGACCCAGGCACAGGCCCUGGCGGAGAUCCGCAGGGACCUGGAGAAGUACAUGGAAGCCCACGAGAAGGCCAGCUUCACCAACACAGAGCUGCACAGGGCCAUGAAUCUGCACAUCAGUAACCUGAGGCUGCUAGGAGGGCCCUUGGAAGCUCUAAGUGAUUCCCUGCCCAGACCACAACUCAAUGAAGAGGAGGUAGCAGGACUGCAGUGUAUGAAGAGAAUCCUGAGUAAAGUACAGGAAAUGAGAGACCAGAGGGGCUCACUGGAGAAGCAGCUGAGGGAUCUCAUUCAACAAGAUGACAUCACUUCUGCUUUGGUCACCACCGAGCGGGCAGACAUGAAGAGGCUGUUUGAGGACCAGCUAAAGAAGUAUGAGCAGGUAAAAGUCUACAUCGACCAGAAUCUUGCGGCCCAGGAAAACAUCCUCAAGGCUCUGACGGAGGCGAACGUUCAAUAUGCCACAGUCCGCAAGGGCCUCAGCGAGACAGAGCACAAGUGGAACACCAUGGUCCAGAUGCUGGUGGCCUCUUACGAGGCAUACGAGGACCUUAUGAAGAAGUCGCAGGAGGGCAAGGAGUUUUACGAAGACCUGGAAGCCAAAUCGUCACGUCUGCUGGAGAAAGCCAAGAACCUGUGCCAGGGCAGGGAGGAGGAGAGAAAGGCUAUUCUGGACAGGGAGACCCAGAAGAAGCCUCCGCCACGGCCCACGGCAGCCAAGCCAGCCCUGCAGUCCAAGGGCUCGGACGUGGACUCGGCCUGCUCCAGCCUGGAGGACCCUGAGUUGGCCCAACUCAACGCUGCUAUUCUCAGCCUGGGAGGGGAUCUGCCCGAAGAGCUUCGCCACCUGCCCCCCGACCACCCCUCCAUGCCCACCUCCUCCUCUUCUCGCCUCCCGGGCCCUGAGUCUUACUUGCUGCCUGGUGCUUCCCUCGGCACCGGCUCCUCUCUGCCCUGGCCUGGUGCCCCUCGGUUCCCUGCCAACCUACCUCCACCAGAACUCCUGGCCAGAAUAUCCCAGUUUUCAGGUCCCAUGCCUGCCCAGGGUUUGCCUCGGGGACCACACCCUCAGAUACCACCCCAGGUGCCAGCAUCUGGAUAUGGACCUCCCCCACAGCAAGCCCCCCAGCAUAGGGGUGUCAUGCCUGGUCCAGUGCCAGUCCGCCUUUCCACCACAACUGUAGAUAGCAUCCAGGCUCCAAUCGCCAGCUACACUCCUACCCCACGCCAUCCUGUACCUCCUGUCUCUGCAGGUUAUACAGUGCCCCCACAGAUGGGUACUUAUCCACAGUACAUGCCCCAGCCAGGGGGGCCCAUGCCAGUGCAAGGACAAAUGCAGCACCACCACCAACAACAACAACAGCAGUACCCACAGACCCCUCCAGGGCAGCAGCCUCCGGGAUACCAGGCAGCCUCUCGGGGAAUGCCUGGCCCUCGCCCCCCUCACCAAGCCCAGCUAGGGUAUCCCCAGUACAUGCCUGCUCAGCCUAGACCGGCCAUGCCCCCUCAGUAUCAGCAGCCAUUUCCUGGCCAGCCUCAACAUGGCUACCAGCCCCAACAGCAGUUGCCACAAGGCUACAUCCCUCAACAGGGCUAUCUACCACAACAGCACCCCCACAUGAUCCCUGGCUCCAUGAUAAGACCCCCUCAGGUUCAAAUGCCCCCUCACACUGUCCACCCUCAAAUUCCCCCCACCUCCCAGUCAAUGCCCCCUGUCUCCCAACCCUACAUGCACCCCGGCAACCAACAGAUGCCCCCUCAGCACCCUCACCAGCAGAUGCUUCCGCCCCAGCAGCAGAUGCACCCUAAUGCCCAUCAGAUGGUGCCAUCUCAGCUUCAUCAGCAGAUGCCCCAAUGCCAACCCCAAAUGCCGCCCAACAAUCAGCAGAUGCCCCAAAUUUCACAGAAAUACCUGCCUCCCACCAACCAACCCAUGCCCCCCAACCUCCAUCAGCCUAUGCCCUCAGUCUCACAACCCAACAUGGUCCCUGGCCCUCAGGCUCACCUGCACAGGGGCCCCCUCGCCCCACAAUCUCAGAUGUCCCCGAAUGUUCUUCCACCCCAGCAGCUCCCCCAAACUGGUCAACCCAUGCCACAGAUUCCCCAGCAGCAGCAGCCCAUAAGGAUGCCCGCCCAGGCCCAGCCUCAGCCCCCUCACAUAGGGUCUCUGUGCUACCCAGGGGGCCCUAUGAUGCCUCAACAGCCCCUGGCAUCUUUGCCCAUGACCCAUUCACAGCCACCCCCAGCCUCCCCCAUGUACCCUGCUGCCUCCGGGGCCCCACAGCAACCCACCUCUAUGGGCCCUCCCGGGGCUCCACCACAGGGGGUUCCACCACAACAUAUGCUCCCAACCCCGUCGGGAGCCCCUCCAGCAAUGAUCCAGCCCCCCAAUACUGCUAUCCCCCCCUCUCCCUCACCUUCCCCCUCUCCCUCCCCAGGCCCACCCUCACUUGGCCUGACCCCACAACAGCAUCCUUCCCCAGCUGCUGCACCCGGAGUAUCAGGUGUGGCCCCACCUCUCCCCUCCCCUUCCUCUUCCCCUUCUCCUUCCCUCUUUCAGCGCCAGAAUUCCAGUACAGAUGACCUUCUGUCCUCCAGCCCAGAAAGCCAGCCUGGAGGUCCCAAGGCCCCCACCAAUGUCUUGCUACCAACGAAAGCAGACCCCAAGGACGGCGAGCGCAGAAAAAAGAGCUCACAAGGGGUCCUUCUGAUACAGGGCGACCCUUACCAGGCCCCAGAACGUGUGGCCCACCUCUGCAACAAGCUGGAGCAAUUUCGGGUGUCAGUGGAGUGUCUGGAGCAGCCUACAGAAGCCGAGGGUGGUCUGUCGGAGCUGGACGCUCGAUGGAAGGAGCUUCAGGAACAGCAGGAGAAGGAUGCGCGACAGCUGUCCAUUGCCAUCGCCCGCUGCUACACAAUGAAGAACCGCCACCAGGAUGUCAUGCCUUACGACGCGAACCGUGUGGUUCUGCGCUCAGGCAAAGACGACUAUAUCAACGCCAGCUACGUGGAGGACCUUUCAGCCUACUGUCCACGUCUCAUUGCCACGCAGGCUCCGCUCUCAGGCACGGCAGCAGACUUUUGGCUGAUGGUAUAUGAGCAGAAGGUGUCUCUGGUGGUCAUGUUGGUGUCGGAGCAGGAGUUGGACAAGGGAAAGGUUUUGCGCUACUUCCCCACGGAGCGCGGCCAGAAGCUUUCUCAGGGACCGAUUACCCUCACCCUGACCACACAGAAGACUACGCCCACCCAUGUGGAGCGUAUGAUUGGACUUCAAUAUCGGGACCAGAGCCUCAAACGUACCGUCAUCCACCUGCAAUUCACCUCAUGGCCUGAGCUGGGUCUUCCUGACAGCAAAAGCAACCUGAUCCGCUUCAUCCAGGAGGUCCAUGGACACUACUUGCACCAGAGACCCUUACACACUCCCAUCGUGGUACACUGCAGCUCGGGUGUGGGGCGCACCGGGGCUUUCUGUCUGCUGUACCCUGCGCUGCAGGAGCUGGAGGCAGGCAACGGCAUCCCUGACCUGCCUCUGCUGGUCAAGAAGAUGAGGCAGCAGCGAAAAAACAUGCUGCAGGAGAAGCUGCACCUGAAAUUCUGUUAUGAGGCAGUGCUGAAGCAUGCUGAGCAGGUCCUUCAGCGCCACGGUUACGCUGCUGCCCCCUGCAGCAAAACCUCCAACACUACAGCCACCAAGCCUUAUUCGCGGCAGGAGUCUCAAUUAGACUUGGUUCUGGGUGGAGACAUGCCCAUCAGCUCCAUUCAAGCCACCAUCGCCAAACUCAGCAUCCGGCCUCCCAGUGCAACGGACCCAGCUAUGGAGGCCUCCCUCAGUGGUUUGGAAGACCAGCCCUUAGUCAUUCCAUCGCAGCUUUCCCUAGACGGAGACCUCCAACUGACAGCCAUCCCCCCGCAGGAGGACCCCUUACCCCUUGGGGAACCCCAAGUACCCUCCUCCCUCAGUCCUUCGCUCUCUUCUCCAUCCUCCUCCCCUGCACAGGUCCACUCCCCACCACCCAAUGGAGUGGAUGGUCCCGACCUUUCUUCUUCUCCCGUAGCUAAUCAUCACGAGUCACCAGAGGCUAGACCCGCCCCUGAGCCUUCCCCUCCUGUCUCAGCCCCGGCACCUUCAUCUCUGGAGCUGCUGGCCGCCCUGACACCUGAGGCUUUCUCCAUGGAAGGAGGUGGCAUGGGGAAGCAUCGUGUCACCAAGCAGAGCUUCCUCCAGCCGGCUGAGGGACAAGGCCUGAGGGGGGCCCGCGACGAGGGGGGAGAGGACCCCCUGGGAAACCUAGAUCCCUUAUGGAGCCUCAACAAGAGUUGAGACAUAGGAGGCACUACAUGUAUCUUGCUUUAUAUCACACUUUAUAGCCUGUAUUUAAGCCAACCUUAAGCUUGUAGUACUAAUUCUAUCAGAUUUUCCUUGUAUAAGUGGCUAAGUGGAAGCAAUGAAGUGGAAACUUGGACCUGGCUAGUGCAUUUAACCAGAGGACUGUAGUACUAGUAGGGGCUAGGGGUUGGUUUGGAACCAGGCUAUCGCUUUAGGGACUUGCACUCCAUGGGUUCUACCUUCCCACUUGCCUCAUCCCCUCAAUAGUGGCCUGUGCAUCUGGGACCAAAACACUGUGCACCUUUCUAUCGUCUCUUUCUCUCCCUCCUGUGUUUUCUUUCUUUUCUCCGUCUGUUGUUGACUUCCAGCCCCAUAUUGGGCCACUUGGUACCACAAUCCCAGCAUGCACUCCUGUCCUAGCUGCACAGUGUCUUCGCCUUUAACACCUAGUUAUUUGUCAGCAGUAGCAGUGCUAGGCGAUGGGAUUGGUUUGGGCUCUCUAAGGGGACUGGGAUUUACGAUUGCACUAUGAUAAUGGAGACACAGAGGCCAAAGGGUGUGAGUAGGGAUUUGGGAGGGACUUGCAGAUUUAUCAGAGGACCCUUAAUCUGCAGUAUGGCUCGUUGUUAUGGUUACAUACAUAUAGAGCAUAAUCAGCACAUCUUAAUGAGUCAGUGAUCUUUGUCUUUUAACAUUGUAAAUAUACUGCAUCUUAAAUAAAAUUAGAGUAACAUUAA